GAUAGACGACGGCCAUUUUGUAGUCUUCUUCGCCGUUCCUAGCCCUAGGGUGGGCAGGCCAGUAUUUAUAUUUGUUUUACCGCAGUUCGGACAGAAUCAACUCUGCAACCUUGCAGAUAGUAUCGCAGCGUACACGUUAAUUGUGUGUGUGGAUAAAUCGUGACGAUCUGUUCGUACAGACAGCCGCCAUGGAGGAGAAAGCCUCAUUGAAGGAACUGGAUCAUUGGAUCGAGCAGCUCAACGAAUGCAAACAACUUACAGAGAGUCAAGUUAAAACAUUAUGCGAUAUGGCAAAAGAAAUUUUAACGAAGGAGUCGAAUGUCCAAGAGGUGAAGUGCCCUGUGACAGUUUGUGGUGAUGUCCAUGGACAGUUCCACGACUUGAUGGAAUUAUUCCGGAUAGGUGGCAAGUCUCCAGAUACAAACUAUUUGUUUAUGGGUGACUAUGUUGAUCGUGGGUACUAUUCUGUGGAGACAGUCACACUGCUAGUUGCUUUAAAGGUGCGCUACAGGGAGAGAAUAACAAUUUUGAGAGGUAAUCACGAAUCACGUCAGAUUACUCAAGUCUAUGGUUUCUAUGAUGAGUGUUUGCGCAAGUAUGGAAAUGCCAAUGUCUGGAAAUUCUUCACUGAUUUAUUUGACUACUUACCAUUGACUGCCCUCGUUGACGGUCAAAUAUUCUGCCUUCACGGUGGAUUAUCACCGUCCAUUGACACAUUGGAUCACAUUCGUGCUCUGGACCGCUUACAAGAGGUCCCUCACGAGGGACCUAUGUGUGAUCUGCUCUGGUCUGACCCUGAUGAUCGAGGAGGCUGGGGUAUUUCACCUAGAGGUGCUGGUUACACUUUUGGCCAAGAUAUAUCGGAAACUUUCAAUCACACAAACGGACUUACACUAGUCUCUCGGGCACAUCAACUUGUCAUGGAAGGAUAUAACUGGUGUCAUGACCGCAAUGUGGUCACUAUCUUCUCAGCUCCAAACUAUUGCUACCGUUGUGGAAAUCAAGCUGCUAUUAUGGAAUUGGAUGACGCAUUGAAAUACUCAUUCCUCCAAUUCGAUCCUGCUCCAAGGCGUGGUGAACCUCAUGUCACAAGGAGGACUCCUGACUACUUCUUGUAGGGCUGCAGCACUUCUAAAUCUCCUUUUACAAGAGAGCCUCUUGAUAGUGGUAUAUAUCCAUUCAUAUUAAAGAAAUGAGUGCAGCAGUUCUCUAUGUACAGCUGUUAAUUAAGUGUGAAGCCAGGCUGUUCAGUGACACAGAACAUAAUCUUGUGAUUGGGAUUAAAAUCGUGGAUCUAGUCCCCAUUACAUUUUUCUGCAUCAUAAAUUCUUAAACAUUGCCAUGCCAUCUGCAAUAUCAAGAAAACGGAUUAAUCUUAAUGAUUUGUAUUGAUUGUAAUGUAUGGACAGCCAGUAUUUUUUUUCCCUAUUGUGUUUUAUAUGAGGUUGUUAAGUAUUUAAUACAAACCUUUAAAACGUGUUUUCUGCCAUUGAAUGGAACAUUUAGGUGACUUUUAUAGGUCUGAGUAUGUCAAAUGUGAGGACUUUUUUUUUCUUUGCCCCAGCAUUUCAAAACCUCAGCUUUUUUAAACCAACUUUGUAAUACUUCUUCCUGGAUUUUAUUUCUCUGAUAGCUGUGUUCUUAUGAAAUGUAGGUCAUUCCUGUUCUUGAUGUUUAUUUGUAGAAAGCCAUGUUCUGAACCUUAGUCAUGUGUUCUUGUACAAAGGCAUAAGAUUUGGAACAUGGCCUAACUUGUACUAUUUAAAUGAAGUUACUUUCUGUCUGUUAUACAAAGAUCCUUAUUGGUCUCUCAUAUCUUCAAUAUUGACUGGAGUUAAUACUAUUGCAGUUGAUUACAUUUUUAAAAGUGUUUUUUUUCUUUGUUUUUUUUUUCCUACCAAUCUUUGGUAUAUGACUGUUAACCUGGUGUUGAUAGUAAACAAAUCAUGGUCCUGGUCUCUCAAAAUUGUGAAAGGAGAGUGGGCCAGUUAAGAGUGACUUUGGUGAUAUCAUCUAUAUGUCAUUGCUGUGCCUGGUGGGCAAAGCAACCGACUGCUGCUGCCAAACAAUGGUGUGCAAUGUUGACUUGCUUCAUUGUUAGAGGUAGCAUGCACAAGUAACACAUGCCUGAACUUCUGAAUGCAGAUGUGAAUGAAGAAAAACGUGUGAAUGUGUUUCUGAAUGUAUUGUGUAUGUGUAUGAGUUGUGAGUGCUUGUGUUAGUGCACACCAAAAGCACAUCUUGCAGAGGUGUUGCUCUUCAGUUCAAUAGGCAUCCUUUUUUGGAAGUGCUGGGUCAGGUACCAUUUGUGGAAAGUUUGUCUGGAAGGAAUGAUGAAGGGAUUUCAAAACCAUAAACUACCCUACAGUUAAGGUCAGCACAUUUUUUUUUCAGUGUAAUAAUAUAUUCUUGAAAACAAAUGCCAUUUUCGAUUGGUUUGUUAUAGCAGUUCUUUGUACUCGUGUCUCUUGGUGUUUGCAAUUUUGUUCGAGGCGUUAAGCAUCGAAAGGGGACCAUCUACUAGACUUGGCUUGUAUUCUUAUCAAGUAUGAUAACUUUAGUAACCUCAAUACUGUACUUCCAAAAGAGCAUUCUAAAAUUAAUAGCGCAACAUAUCCAGGAGAAAUUAAAGUGCAGGCUACAUGCUUUUACAUUUUGGCAAUUCAAACAAACUGAUGGGGUAGAUAUUUAAGUACAUGUCUAAGUUUGUUAGGUCAGAUUACAUUGGACAAGUUGUAAUUUCCUUCAUGUGAUCUUAAGGGGGGUAAAAAGCAUCCCUGCAUUAGAAAUGCUGUUGUUAAAUCAUGGUGAAGAACAAAAUAAAUAGACUGGCGUGUGUGCAUUAA